UCCCCAUCCCCGUGCCCGGGGGCGGCGGCAGACGGGGGUGCUCCGCCGGCUGUCUGCCCUGGGCGCUGGCGGCCAGCGACAGCUCCGAGCGCCCCGCUGCUCCCUGCCCGGCCCCGGCUUUGUGUGCGCGGCACGGCCGCCACCUGGGGCGGGCACGGCGGCGGUGGCGGUGCCGGCGGUGACGGCGCGGCCCCGCACGAUGCCGCUCCGCGGGCUGCUGCCCCUUUGUCUGCUCUGCCUCCAGGCUGCGCUGCCGCUCCGCGGCCACCGCGGCCGCUACGCCGGUGAUAAAGUCAUACGCGUUGUUCCUGAGAGCAAGAGGGAAACACAGAUCCUGAGGGCUGCACUCAACAGACUUAAGGUGGACUUGUGGCAGCCCAGCAGCCCCUUCCACAUCGUCGAAGGUACGGCCACCGACGUGCGAGUGCCGCGGAACGCGACGCGGAGCCUGCUGCCCUACCUCCAGCAAGCAAACAUCCAGUACACGAUUCUCAUAUCAGACCUACAGGAAGCCGUAGAAAACCAAACUGGAGGGAGGUCCCAUAGGAAUCGAAGAUCCCUCUCUGGGUAUAACUAUGAAGUGUACCACUCCCUGGAAGAGAUCGAGGACUGGAUGCAUUAUCUGAAUAGAACUUACUCAGAUCUUGUUCACAUGUUCUCUGUUGGAAAAUCCUAUGAAGGGAGACCACUGUAUGUACUCAAGUUAGGUAAAAGAUCACGGCCCUACAAGAAAGCUGUCUGGAUAGACUGUGGGAUUCAUGCAAGAGAGUGGAUUGGCCCAGCCUUUUGCCAGUGGUUCGUGAAAGAAGCUCUUCAGACAUACCAGACUGAUCCUGACAUGAGAAAGAUGCUAACUCAGCUGUAUUUCUACAUCAUGCCUGUAUUUAAUGUGGAUGGAUACCAUUUCAGCUGGACAAAUGAUCGAUUUUGGAGAAAAACGAGAUCAAGGAACAUGAGGUUUCACUGUCAUGGUGUUGAUGCUAAUCGCAACUGGAAAGUGAAAUGGUGUGAUGAAGGUGCUUCAUUACACCCAUGUGAUGACACUUACUGUGGUCCUUUUCCCGAGUCUGAGCCUGAAGUAAAGGCUGUUGCUCAUUUUCUUCGCAAACACCGGAAACAAAUAAAAGCCUAUUUGUCCUUCCAUGCAUAUGCACAGAUGCUGCUGUACCCUUACUCCUACAAAUACGCAACCAUUCCAAAUUUCAACUGUGUGGAAUCAGCAGCCUAUAAUGCUGUUAAUGCUCUUCAGUCAGCCUACGGUGUAAGAUACAGAUAUGGCCCUGCAUCCAGCACUUUGUAUGUGAGUUCUGGCAGCUCUAUGGACUGGGCCUACAAAAAUGGCAUCCCGUAUGCAUUUGCAUUUGAGCUGCGUGACACUGGCCAUUUUGGAUUUUUGCUUCCUGAAAUGCUGAUCAAACCAACCUGCACAGAGACCAUGCUUGCAGUUAAAAACAUAACUCUUCACCUGCUGAAGAAAUGUCAUUGAGAUGGAUUUCUAGGGGCUGGAAGUAAACAUUUUACUCCUAGUGCUGAUGCCUUUCAGUGGGUUCAGUUGCCAUUCUGAGUUUGGCCACUUCAGAAUUCUAGAAGCUAAUGGGAAAUGUGAUAUUGUUUCUUCCAAAUUAACUUAGUGGAAAAUGGAAAAAAAAUCAUUCAACAUCUGCUUUUCUAAAGUCCAUAAAGUUGAUAUACUAACUUAGUUACCGGUUUGGUGCAAAAUAGUUUCUUCUCUUUGCUAUAAAACUUCAAUUCUGCAAUUUCAGUGAGGCCGGUCCGAAAAUAAAAUGCCACUUCCAGGCAGUUCUGGGCCAUGCGCCUUUCCCUAAUAUGAAGACUUCCCAUGGGGUCUCUGGAACCAAGGGAUAAAGUUUACAUGCAUGUAAAUAUACCCUGUGACCCAACACAGGCCUGUAUCUACAGCAAUAAAUGCCUUAUAGUGGUAGCUGGCUGCACUGCAAGUAGCAGUGUGGCUUCCUUCUGCAUGUAUACAUACAUACAUACAUAUAUGCACUUUUGUGAUUUUUUUUUUCUUAUUAUGCAAUAAUUUGAACCAAGGUUUCUUUUAACUGUUCACAGAAAUCUACUUUCAAAUGUAUAUAAUUGGAAUGGACUCAAAAUCAACACAGUGUCUUUGAAAAUGUAACUUUCCUAGUGAUGUGUAAGAAUUAUAAAGAAAUACUAUUGAAAUAGAUCAUUUUCUGCUUUACGGAGGGACAAAGCAACUUGCCAUGACUUGGAACUUGAAGCUGGCAGUCAACUGGUGCAUCUGGGCUCUGCUGUAGAUAGUGACUCCCCAUUUCCACCAGCCAAGGAUUUAGCCUUAAACUGUAAUUAACUUAUGUUUUAUUUAUCACUAUUCUUGCAGUGACUUCUGUGGCUCUUUGGCUAUGUGCCUCUUCUUCCUGGAAGUUGUAGUUUUUUGCAUGCUUUAAAGGAAUUAAUAAAUUUUUUAUGGAUUCUUAAGUGAGCCAGAGGUGAAGGUAGAAGCCUUACAGCUGAAAUAAAGUGAAUGAGCACCAUGUUUGAAAGAAUAAUGAAAGCAGAGAGAAGAUAACAACAUGUUGUGGGAUUUAGUACUUUUAAAAUAUUUUUUAAUCUUAUUAUAUCUGCAGAAGCAUAUAUUUCACUUUAUGAAUUUUAAAUUUAAUCUUAUGCCACUACAUAUAAACAAAAACAUAUUUGUUAAUAAAAUUGUCAAAGACUUUUGAAGUAUUCUUCAUAUUUUACCUAAGUGUUAAAACUUUAGUUCAAGUAUGUAACAAUUUUACCUAUCUGUAAUACAUUCCUGAUGCUAAGGAUGGGGAAUUUUAAAAAACCUACAUCGUCUCUAAGUAGGCACUUGAACUUAGCAAAUGGGCAAUCUUUGUAAGUCUUAUAAGGGAAGUACUGUAUUUAAUUAAGAAUAUAAUUUUUUUCAUUGUUUUCAGGACUGCAAAAGGCAAUCAGUGAGCAAAGAUGACAGAAUUGCAUUCUAUUUGUCUAACCUUUUGUUAAUAAAUGUGUUUAUUUUACACAAGUUUCGGAAGGCUUAUUCAAUUUGUUUAAUUCAGUCUUGUUUGAAUAACAUAAGUUUCUAAUCUGGUUUAAUAAACACCAUGGGGACAGAAGCCCUCAAAAUAGUAAUUUCCAAUUGCUUAUGACCAUAAUCAUUAAAUAUUUUGAAGACAGCA